GUUUGGUCGUAGUGGGGCUCAAGAUACUCCCAAGAUGGCGGAACGCGGAGGACGUUGAGACGAAGCGGCGGUUAAACAACAACAACAUCAACAACUAUCGGCAGCAGCAACAACAACAACAAACACGUACAGAGCAACGACAAUCGUAAAGAACGUGGAGGUGAGGAUAGGACUGACGAGGCGGGGAGAAAGGAGACAUCGCGAAUUGUGAGAGCGGCGACUCGGCUUGCCAGGACCCACACGGAGCCACGUACACCACUUCCAAGAUGCCGGCCCUCCUGGAACGACCCAAGAUGACCAAGACGAUGGCCGUGGCGCUGCACAGGCACAUCAUGCGCGAACGGGAGCGCAAGCGCCAAGAGGAAGAGGAGGCUGACAAGAUCAUGGAGCAGAAGAUGAAGGAAGAGCAGCAGAGGCGGCGGAAGAAAGAGGAGGAAGAGCGCAUGUCCCUGGAGGAGACGAGAGAGCAGGAGGGAAACCCCCUACAAGCCACGCCCAGCGUGACACUGCUGAUGAUGCUGAUGACGUCCCAAGCCCCGCCCACCACCUCCCGUCCAGCAGUACACGUGGGAACAGAGAUCGCCAAACUGGAGGAGAAGCUGCAGGCCCUGCAGGAUGAGAAGCACCAGCUCUUCCUGCAGCUCAAGAAGGUGCUCAAUGAGGAGGACAAGCGGCGAGCCAAGAUCAAGGAACAGAACGAGCUGGCGGCACUGAGCCAGCAGCCGUACCCAGCGGGCAUGACGGUUCACCCUGGCUCGCACCUCAUCAUGCACGGAAGCCACAUCUCACCAAGCCGAGCGCACGGGCUGCUGGGAGAUCGGCCAAAGAACCAACUUUACAGCCACACCACCAUCCCGGGAAGGGCCUACCCAAGCCAGACAACGUUUACGUCAAGCCAGCCCGAACACGCACAUUUUCAAACGAGCCAAUCGGGGCACAGCUCCUACGCCAGCAGCCAAUCACAGCACAGCGUGCCCUACACGGGUGGGCAGGCUGUCCCUGCCACCUACCCAGCCGGCUCCCAGCCAAUCAGAGGGGCGUCUGCCUUCCAGUCCUACCCUCCCUACGUGUCCCACCAGCAGACGGGAUAUACCGUGCACACCCAGUUCCCUCCCCAGCAAGGGUACCUAGCGCCAGCGACAAGCAUGCCCCUGCAGAAGCAGCUGGAGCACGCCAACCAGCAGUCGGGAUUCUCAGACGCGGCGUCGCUGCGAUCGCUGCACCCGCAGUCGAUGCACGCAGGACAGACGCUGCUGCAGCCGACCCAGCUGCAGGUGUCCCUGCCGCCCGCCAAGUCCGGCAUGAUUUACCCCCAUCAGACGAGGCCCGCCUCUCCCGGGGCCUUCCAGCACAGCAGCACACCCCCACAGCCGUCGCACUCGGCCACGUUCUCUCCGGCAUCCCAGCAGCAACAACAACAGCAGCAGCAACAACAGCAGCAACAACAACAGCAGCAGCAGACCCAACGGCACCACUUCAUCCAGCACGGCCAGACUCACCGCUACUACAAGUGAGCCACCAAUCAACAAGCAGCAGCAGCAACCUCGAGAAACCGCUCCUCUCCGCCGACGGCCCCACCACAAGCUACGCCAUCGGACCAGGGGGAAGGGGGGACAGUCAUCGUCGCCAAAAAUCCCACUCAAUUUGCAAACGGAUAAGUUAGGGGGUCGUUUUGUCUUUGGAAAUGUGCGAUUGCCAACCUUGCCCUGUAAUUGACACCGACCCAUCCCAUGAUGCAAUCUUCAGUUUUUCUUUCGUAAGCAAUUGUAAAAAACAUUUUUACAGAAACUUUUUCAGGCUUUGGCAGCCGUUUACACAGUGGCUAAACUAUGAUUUUUACUGCAUUAAAAAUUUUAGUAUUAAAGAGAACCUGUAAGAUAGUGAUGGCUUAGUUUGUAGCAUUACCUUAGAAAGUACUUUUCUCUUAAGUUAAUUUGAAUCAAUUUCCGUUUUGCUUUGUUGCAGAGCUGAUUAUAUAUCACCCACUUUAUUGUGGACAAAAAAUAAAACGUGCACAAGCU